GUAUGUGUGCAUGAGUGUCUGUUGCUUCACCUACAAUACAGGCUAGCAAUGAAAGGGCUAAUCUCUUUGGAAACAUUGUGAAAACCAAUUCUUCCUACAUUCUAUCCAUCACCUUAGGUGGAAGUGGAAUGCAUUAAGAAGCAGUUGGGGGUGGUCACUGUGAAGGUUUCCGCUGUUAUAUUAGGCAGAUUAACAGGGUAAAACCUCCACAUGUACCCAGCCUACGGCUCCCUCCAGCUCAGGCAGCGAGAUUACCAGCCAUGGGUCCAUGCUGCCAUGGUGCUGCUACAUACACACACAACCACAGCUUUGAGUUUGUUUUUCUAAUGGAAUAGUAACUAUUACAUUAGGGGACACUAAGAAGAACAGCGCUCGGUCUUUAGCUAUGGGGAUUUCAGUUUUCUGGGUUGUAGUGGAGUGUGCAUGCAGAGUUCUUGGCAUAUCAACUGCUGCAGUGUUGUGUGCUGUAGGAGUAGAAACACUGCGUCAACCAGAUUUCCACAGCCUGGCUGUGUACCUCCUGGUCUCGUCUGCUGGAAUGAUGAUAUUUGAAGUGGCAUAUUUCACAGAUGCUCUUUUAGCAACAUGUUUUCCUUGUCCUCCAACAUGGAAGUUCUUCAUUGUUUGGAAAAAGAUGGCUAACGUUGGAGGUUUCCAGAAGUUCCUCUACUACACAAUGAUGUCCGUGGUGUGUUUCUUGCAUCCAGUGUUAGUGUGGCAUGCGGUCAUACCAGGAUCUAUGCUGCUGGUAACAGGAGUGUUAAAUUUUAUUUUGAGCAAAAAGAAGAAGACAAGCUCCAGCAAACAAUCCAGUGACUCUUAUGGAGACUCAGCGCUAUCCUCCGUCUGUGUCAACGAUUCAGGAGAGACUGAACAAAUGUAUUCAUUCUUCCACAUCAUCGCAGGCAGGAGGGUCCCCUUCCUUCCCAACAACAGCAGACUGCAAAGACCUUCUGACAAUUCCCAGGACAUGCCUGAACCAGAUCAUCCAUCCAUGCAUCCCCGACAGAUAAGGAAAACUGACCAGCGGAAUGUGCACUUUAUUAAGAGUUUAAGACCAGAUGAGACUGAGAUGGAGGAGUGUGACAUAGAACCAGAGGAGACCACUUCAGAUAAAGCACCAAUGAUAAAAGUGUAAGUGCAGGCUUGUGGUGAGUCAAGAUUAAUUGUAAAUUAUUACAUUGCUUGCCUUGUUAACAUAAAACAUCUAAUACACAGUUACCUCAUGCUGGAGUAUGGACAUUUUGCCAAAGAGCAGUGAUAUCUACUACAUCAGUCCAAAUGUUUCCAGUUGUUUUAAGUUUCAUGGUAAUUGUCUUCAAGGAGCAGCAGCACAUAAAUCAUUAGAAAUAUCUGUAGUGUGCAAUUUUCCAAACUUUGUGCAAUUGUCACACUUAAUAUGGACAGCCAGCUAUAAAGUCUUUGGUCAAACUCAAAUAGGUUCUUAGCAGUGUAAUGCUUAGAGUUAGAUUUAGACAAAAGAAGCUUGGCUGAGGUUUAGGGUUUAUUAUACAGUUAGGUUUUAAGCCAGAGUUAGCUAUAUUUAAGGUUUAUCAUACACUGCCAAGCCAAAAAAGCCACCAAAAAAGGUUUGUGUUUCCUCUUCUGCAAUGUCACAAUAUUUAUUUACAGUCCAGUGUUGCAUUAAUUCUUUACCAAGAUCUUGCAAAUUGAUGAUGAUAGAGUCUGACCUCUGCACAAAGCCUUCUCCAGCACAUCUCAAACAUUCCCAAUGAGGUUAAGGUCUGGACUCUGUGUUGAACAAUCCAUGUGUGAAAAUGAUGAUCUCAUGCUCCCUGAAAUCCUGGAAUCGUCUUCUUGGAAUAUGCCUGUGCCAUCAGGGAAGAAAAAAAUCCAUUGAUUGAAUAACCUGGUCUAUAUUCAGUAUAUUCAGGUAGUCAGCUGACCUCAUCAUUUCAGCACAUACUUUUGGUGAAUCUAGACUUGACCCACUGCAGCAACCUCAGAUCAUUUGCUUAUUUGGCCAGGCAAUGUAAAAUCUGGCUGGAAUCAAAAUAGACUCUGAGGUGAUUUGUUCAUUUUUUUAUUUUCUCCCUAAUUUUCAUUGACUAACUUAAAUUACUCAUGUAAUGUGUUGCUUCCAGGGUUUACCAGCUUUGUAUAGCUUUAGCAUUAGAAUUUGAGCCAGAGAUAUGUCUGAAUGUAGGGUUCAUUGUAACAUCUGGAUUGUAUUAAAAUUAGGGUUAAGGCCAGGCUUAAGGAUUGGGAAAUCGGAGGUAAUUUUGGGGAAGGUUUCUUUAUUCUCUUUUAAAUGCCAAUUCAAUAGUUCAAAGUGUAGCCACCCAACCACAAACUGCCAGUUCUGUAACAUAGCUAUUAAUGUAUGAUCAACAGACUUUCGACAUUUUUGGUUGUAUAUAUUAAGUUCAGUUUAUGUUUAUUGUCAUUAUUAAUGCAGUAUAAAAUGAGUUAAUUUGCAAAAACAAAUAAAUAUGUUAAAGGUCUGCAGUAGAAUGAGAUGUAUUUGUGCAGUUCUCUAGUAUCUGCCAGAUUAUCUUCAGUACUAUGUAGUAGCAAACAGAAUCUUAAAAAAAACUGAUUAAAAAGUGUUAAGAUCCACAACUGUUCAUUCACAUUCACAACAGUAUGGCUGUAUGUUAUGAAAUGAAAAUAAAACACAAGUUUUUUUGCAUGA